AUGUGUGAAUACAGCAAGGCUCUACAUAUUCUGCUCAAGUCGCCGGUCACGGACGACAUAAUAAAAUUCUUAACCGACAUGACGUUGAAGGUUGUACCCUCGAGCAACUACCCCACACCUCCCGGCUCUCCAGGUGAGAAGCAUGUGGCUAGGCUGCCAUCGUUGAUGACUUUCAUCACUAGGCUCGUCAGAUACACCAACGUCUACACACCCACUUUGCUCACUGCCGCGUGCUAUUUGAACAAGCUGAAGCGCAUUCUCCCCAAGGAUGCCACCGGCCUGCCCUCUACCAUCCACCGUAUCUUCUUGGCCUGUCUGAUACUGAGCGCCAAGUUCCACAACGAUUCGUCUCCCUUGAAUAAGCACUGGGCCAGGUACACCGAUGGUCUCUUCACGCUAGAGGACAUCAAUCUCAUGGAACGACAAUUGCUGCAGCUGCUGAACUGGGACCUCUCGGUGGACACAGAGGAUUUGAUCCUAGAUCUGCAGCCUUUGUUGGAACCUAUAAAGCAAGACUUGGUGAGGUCCAGCGAUCAGAGAAAGAGAAUCAACAUGAUGAUGUCCAUGAACAAGAGGGCUUGUGCUGGCACGAGCCCCGCCAGAUCAAAUAAUAUCUUCAAGCUCUACGAAAAGCAAAGAAACGUGUCGAUAGCGUCGGACCUAAGUUCUGCUACCCUCGUCGAUAGCUGUAAUGACCUACGAAAAUUAAAAGACGUGACCAACAUAGCGAACAACGUGGCCGCUGGCAGCAAUUACAUGAAGACUGUCGAGAAAUGGAACGACAACGUCAACAGGCAAAGCUGGGAUUUGGAACAGGUCAUGAGUCAACACGGGUUUUAA